CAAUUGCAGGGCAAGAAUUCCUAGAAAAACCGAAUCCCCAGUCAAAUUCGCCCAAUUUCGGGACGAGUUCGGUUGCCGUUCACAUUGUCAAGCGUGCGUAAUCAGUAAUGAAACUGGAAGGGAAGGGAUUGAACACUGCUGCUGGUCUUGGUUGCCAAGGCAGUAUCGUUUGCCCUCCUGCAGAUAAUCCGCAAGCUGGAGAUGAAGGUGGCAUGCAGAUUGUUUGUUUCACGGAGAAUUUCCGAGGUGUAACUCUCCAUUUUCAGAUCAUACGGCUCAAGAAACGGAUAUAUGCAUGGAUUGGAUGCCAUACUGCAAACUUUGGGCGUUUAUAUGCAGCUGCACCUGCUCAACGUAACCAUACAGUGACUGUAGCAUCAGUACUUGGAGGAGCCUCUGAUAACAUGGGAUCAAGCAUUGCUCAGCGAUUAGAUCCAUGAACAUGCUUCUGUUGGUCAUCCAUAAGUAUUUAGUAACCACUCAAAAAGAGAUAAAAAGGUUCCUAAUCUUGGUCUGGAUCCUAGCUCAUGAAUUUCAUAUUCCUAAUAAAGUUAUCCUUCAGUUGGUGUAUCUAGCAAUUUGUGCAAUGUCAAACUGUGACAU